CAGUCUGAAGCCGUUGGCUGCUACUGAACCGUUUGGCUCUUUUCUCUACUAGCGAGCAACCUACAAUCUAGACCCAACUGUCCUUUCAGCUCAUUUUUAAGGGGAUUUAUCUUCAUAUAUGCCCGUGUAUCCAAAACACAUCGGUCAUUGGGGAUUCCUAGCACCGGUUGGCCGGGUCUGAAGGCCGUUAUAACGCUUUUUUGAGGUUUAAUUAGAGCUAGAAAACAACGGUGGUGGAGGAGGAGAUUCCAUAUUAGGAGCACAGAGGAAAAGGCACCCCCCUUGUGUGAUUUGGAGCUUUCGGUUCUGAGCCCAUGGUACAAGGCCCUGACUGAACAUACUGGUGGGGCAUACAGACCUGCUACUGUGGCUGUGUGUGCGUGCUGACCUCAUGGUGUAACAGGAGUAAAGAUGAGCAUUAGCAGUGAUGAGGUCAACUUCCUGGUCUACAGAUACCUACAGGAGUCAGGGUUCUCCCACUCGGCGUUCACUUUUGGUAUAGAGAGUCACAUCAGCCAGUCCAACAUCAAUGGAGCUCUGGUUCCCCCUGCUGCCCUCAUCAGCAUCAUCCAGAAGGGCCUGCAGUACGUGGAGGCUGAAGUCAGCAUCAAUGAGGACGGCACAUUAUUUGACGGGCGGCCCAUAGAGUCUCUGUCUCUGAUUGACGCCGUGAUGCCGGACGUUGUUCAGACGCGGCAGCAGGCCUACAGGGAUAAGAUGGCGCAGCAGCAGGCAGCCGCUUCAGCCCCGACCUCGGCCACCGGAGGCAGCAUCGCCGGCAACGCCAAGAACGGAGAGAAUACUGCCAACGGGGAGGAGAACGGAGCCCAUGCCUUAGCUAAUAACCAUGCAGACCUGAUGGAGGUGGACGGAGAUGUGGAGAUCCCUCAGAACAAGGCCAUGGUCUUGAGGGGCCACGAGUCAGAGGUCUUCAUCUGUGCCUGGAACCCCGUCAGCGACCUGCUGGCCUCAGGGUCUGGGGACUCGACGGCUCGCAUCUGGAACCUGAGUGAGAACAGUACGAGCAGCUCCACACAGCUGGUGCUGAGACACUGCAUACGAGAGGGGGGGCAGGACGUCCCCAGCAACAAAGACGUCACCUCGCUAGACUGGAAUAGCGAGGGCACGCUGUUAGCAACAGGCUCCUAUGACGGUUUUGCCAGAAUAUGGACGAAGGAUGGGAACCUGGCCAGCACACUGGGCCAGCACAAAGGUCCCAUCUUUGCCCUAAAGUGGAAUAAAAAAGGCAAUUUUAUCCUGAGUGCAGGAGUAGACAAGACAACAAUCAUAUGGGAUGCCCACACAGGAGAAGCCAAACAACAGUUUCCCUUCCAUUCAGCUCCGGCACUAGACGUGGACUGGCAGAGCAACAACACGUUCGCCUCCUGCAGCACAGACAUGUGCAUCCACGUGUGUAAACUGGGACAGGACAGGCCCAUCAAAACAUUCCAGGGACACACAAAUGAAGUAAAUGCAAUCAAGUGGGAUCCCACAGGUAACCUGCUGGCCUCCUGCUCAGACGACAUGACGUUGAAGAUCUGGAGUAUGAAGCAGGACUCGUGUGUCCAUGACCUGCAGGCCCACAGUAAAGAGAUCUACACCAUCAAGUGGAGUCCAACCGGGCCUGGAACCAACAACCCCAGCGCUAACCUCAUGCUAGCCAGUGCAUCGUUUGACUCCACGGUCCGUCUUUGGGACGUGGAGAGAGGCAUCUGCAUUCACACGCUGACUAAGCACCAGGAGCCCGUCUACAGCGUGGCCUUCAGCCCUGACGGGCGCCAUCUGGCCAGCGGCUCCUUCGACAAAUGCGUGCACAUCUGGAAUACACAGACGGGCGCUUUAGUCCACAGCUACAGAGGGACGGGGGGGAUCUUUGAGGUUUGCUGGAACGCAGCGGGAGACAAAGUGGGAGCCAGCGCAUCAGACGGAUCUGUGUGUGUACUAGACCUUCGGAAAUAGCGCCGCUGUUUGUUGGAAGCCAUGGACCGACCAUGAAUGUGUACAUAGCCAAAUGACUGUCCCUGCCCUCGCCCUGUCAACUGCUCUCGCUUACGGCCCCGCCCACCGACAGACAGGAAGCAGGAAACGGGAACAGGAAGCAGCCCCACACAGCAGGUCCAGACAGGGAUGAGCAGACGGACAGACAGACGGAGGGACACGGGCGGACAGACAGACGGGCCCCCUCUCUUAUCUGUGCGGACUCUCACAGAGAUGCAGAAGGGACGCAGUGAAAAAAGAAAAAAAACUGAUAGACAAAAAAAAGUUACAGAUCCGUAUAUGUACCAAAAUUUGGAAGCUAUUUUGCUUUUUUUGAUCUUAAACCAUCGCUCAUCGUCAUCAAAAUGAAAAACAAUGAAAAAAGUGUUGAUCUUUGUUACUCGUUGGAUCUCAUCGUGCAGACAUAUCAAACUCCUCCACCAUAAAAUAGGAUGGCACUUAGUUUUUUUAAAUUUCAGAUCUCUUGUUUCAAUGUUUUUAUAUUUUUUAUCUUCGGGGUGGGGGUGGGGGGGGACAGGCUGGUCAGCUCAGAGGUUCCUGAAUUGGAGAAGGACACGCACACACCAAACAGUUUACUUUUACACACACACACACACACACACACGGGUCAUACGGUUGAAUCAGAAUGCAGUAGCUCAUGUGUUCCUCCCUCUAGAAGCUUUAAGAACAGCUCCUCUGUGCACGCUCUGAUCUAGAUGCUUCUCUCUGGACUCACACGUUUGAAUUGGAAGCUCACCUCCACUCAUCUCAAUGUUUUUGCAACCGUAUGUCACCUACCGUCCUCAGCCAGUAGGAUUCCAGCUGAUCUUUUUACCUAAUUGGAUUCAGGCCUCAAAUCAUGUUUACCCUGAUGUUUGCUGGGAAGGGAGGAUGUUUUUGCAGAUUCUCAAACCACAGAGGGUAGAGCCAAAGAAUAGUGAGUAAAAGAAGCUGGACUCAAGCUCAGCUCUUUAUCCGAUUGGCAGCGUUCACACACUUUGUAUCGUAGUGUGAAAACAAAGGCUCCCAAAUGGUUCAUAGUUUCUACUUUAAUUAUCUGAUGCCUUACACCUCAAGUUAACGUUGAAAUUAACUUUGGAUUGGCAGAAAGGGCGAGUUUUCGCGAUUAUUUUUGGUGACAAGUUUGACGGUUUUCUGACAGUUUUUAGUGGUGGUCAUCAUUAUUUCAGAUAUGAAUUACAAGCAAGGGGGAUACAUCAACCGUGUUAUACCGUUGGCUGGUAAAUAUCGGUCAAAUCACUCUGAACAUCUCUGUGUGAACGCAGCAAAAAUACUCAAGAUACUAUGACAGACGUUGCAGCAGCAGUGUCUCAGAAAUGUUUAUUAUCCAAUCAAAUGUGACUUAUUGUGUGGGUUUUCAGCUCUGAAGAGAAUACUAUCUAGACGUGGCUAUGAACUCUGGGAAAAGUGUUCCUUGGCUCUGCCCUGUUGAAGGUUUUAGUGGAACAGCUCUGCCUCCAAGACUUGUAUAACUACAUUAAACUGUUUUAUUAACACAACCACGCACACCCAUGGAGGGGAGGGGGGCUUCAGUGUGACUGAGCUGCCUUCACACUCAAACAUUCAAAAUGACUUCCUGAGAUUCGCACCGGCACGAGGUUGCUUUCCACAAUCAAGCUCAGAAGCAGAUCCCAGCAAUAUUUGGACAUUAUAUUUUUCGAUAUACAGCUACUUGUUAAACUGUGGGGGAAUAACGGCACUGCAUUCACGUUGGAGGACAUUAAAGAUGUAAACAAAUUCAAACCAGACCAUGUGGAGCGGUGCAUUCAAUGUAUAUGCCUCACUCUGCCCUCACACUCUCGGCUCUGCUCACGGUUCUCUCCGAGGUUCCUUACUGACAACACAUUUUAUACUCUUUUAAAGACAAAUUUAAAGUUACAUUUUUGUAAUUUCUUUGUAGAUUUGAAAACAAAAUGUGAACUGAUGAUUUAUUGGCGGUGUUAAUUUUCAUGUUCUAUACGUUUUUUUGGUUUUGUUUACUUUGAUGCUAUUUCAAAUAGUAAACCCUGAGCGGUCCCUCUGAAGGCACCUUGCUGCGGAACACGUGUCCCGGGAGCAGAUUACCACUAAAUGUGUCUAUGUUUAAUAAAGAAAUGUUUUACUUUUCUUUUUUGCUUGGACAUUUUUCUGAAGAAGCUCUGUCCCAGAAAACGACGGCCUACAGAGAAGACAAUUCAGAAAAAAAGUUACUCUUUAAAUUGAAUAAAAUUGUAAUUUUUCAAUCAAGCAAAGACUCUAGGGACAUUUUCUGGUUCCCCUUUUAUUUUCGCUACUGUCACUGAGAGGGUCGCUCUGGAAGCAGAUGUAAUUCCAUUGGUUGAAUAUGGACUUUCGUAUGUGUCUUAUUUGAUCAAGUAAACUUUUAUGUUGAAACUAUUUUUCUGUGCAAUUUUAAAGGGAAAUUUCUAAUUGGCUUUUUGUCUCCAGAUCCGAUUAUUAGAAAUAUAUUUUUCCUGUACUAAAAUGUCCUAAACCUCUGGCAGAGCCGAACAAUAUUUAUUCUCUGGUGAUAUUUCACCGAAAAAACCAUCUCAAAUCCUCCAGAAUCAUCAUGAAAUGUUGAAGUAAUCUUACAUUUGAAUCGGAUUUGAACCUACAAUGUAAUUCAAUUUGAGCUUUAGUGACAGAAGUUUUAAUUACACCUAACACAUACAAUUCUGCCACUAGGAUGUGCUUCUGAAACUCAUUUGGACAACAAUUCAAGUCAUUUUAAAUUGGACAUUUCUCGUAAUGUGUUCAUACUCAGAGUCCUGUACUACAUCGUUUGUCCUCCCCUUAGAGCACUUGAGCCAACAGUUCUGAAAAUAUCUCCUCCGGUCUGUGCCACAGUUAAGUCGGGUGGCCAAAGUUGCUGUGUCAGCCUUUAUCAUAGCCGCGUCAGCAGAACAUCAGUGGCCAGCGUCUCCCCCAUGUUUCCAUCACAUCCAUCUGUUAUCAUUUUAACUCAGAUCAGUGGAACAAAAGUCCAGAAUAAAGUAUAUUUUGAUAAGA